CUCUUUUGUGCAGCAGCCUUUGGAAGUGUCAGUCGUGCCCAGCCUCCUGUGAAUGAGCCAUGCCUUCUGUGUCUGGAAGCAAAUGCUUGAAAGAUGCUCAAACUCCACGCACAGAUGAAGGAAACUUGCUGUAUGCAGACAAGAAGUGUCCCGUGGACGGAGUUGUUGAAAUUUUCCCCGCGGCGCACAAGUCGUCUGCACUCAGAGGAGACGACUGCAUCGACGAUGAGGACAAAUCCCACCAAACACGUGAAGAAAAUGGUGCAAAAGAGGAAAAGGCAGAAGCUCAGAUAAAGUGGAUUCGUCCUGAUUUACCCAGCAGAUGCACCUGGAGGCCGGGCGCGCCGAUGUCAGAGUCCCCUCACAGCCAACCACCACGCAUUAAGCCGCCACGAAUCCUCCCCAACAUCCUCGGACACAUUGGAUACACACCUCUGGUCCGCCUGAACAAAAUCCCGAAGGAGUUUGGGUUAAAGUGUGAAAUGUUUGCCAAGUGUGAGUUUUUCAACGCAGGCGGCAGCAUUAAAGACAGAAUCACCAUGCGGAUGGUGGAGGACGCCGAGGAAGCUGGCAUCCUCAAACCAGGGGACACAAUCAUUGAGCCCACCUCCGGUAACACAGGAAUCGGACUUGCUCUCAUAGCGGCUGUGAAAGGCUACCGCUGCAUCAUUGCGAUGCCCGAGAAGAUGAGUAUGGAGAAAGUGGAUGUGCUGAAGGCCCUCGGGGCAGAGAUAGUUCGCACUCCUUCAUCUGCAGCUUUCGACUCGCCGGAGUCUCACAUACGGACAGCUUGGAGGUUAAAGAGCGAGAUUCCCAACUCGCACAUCCUGGACCAGUAUCGUAACGCCAGUAACCCGCUGGCUCACUACGACACAACAGCUGAGGAAAUACUGGAGCAGUGUGAAGGUAAACUGGACAUGGUUGUAGCUGGAGCAGGGACCGGUGGUACGCUGACAGGCAUAGCUCGAAAGCUAAAGGAGAAGUGCCCCAAUGUCAAGAUAAUCGGCGUCGAUCCUGAGGGCUCGAUGCUGGUUCACUCAGAACAGCAUCAAAGUGCUCAUUUCGAAGUCGAGGGCAUUGGAUAUGACUUCAUCCCCAUGGUGUUGGACCGAUCUCUUGUCCACCAGUGGUACAAAGCGAGCGAUAAGGAAACAUUUAACAUGGCACGCAAACUAAUAAGAGAGGAAGGCCUCCUCUGUGUUGAAUUUGUUGGUGAUCCAGGUGGGAGUUCUGGCUCAGCGAUGGCGGCAGCAGUGGAAAUGGCUCAGCAGCUGGAGGAGGGACAGCGCUGCGUGGUCAUCCUGCCAGACUCGGUUCGCAACUACAUGUCAAAGUUCCUGUGCGAUCAGUGGAUGUGUGAAAAAGGUUUCCUGGAGAGUCCGAAUGAGAUCAAGCCCUGGUGGUGGAACGCGACAGUCCGCAGUUUACACCUCUCCAAUCCGCUCACCUUUGCUCCGUUACUGUCCUGCCAAAAAGUCAUCGAGAUCCUGAAAGAGAAGGCUUUUGACCAGGCUCCAGUCCUCAGUGAGUCUGGUGAGGUCAUGGGCAUGGUCACUCUGGGAACCAUUCUUUCCAGUGUGCAGGAUGGAAAAGUCAAACUAUCAGAUCCAGUCAGCAUGGUGCUUUUCAAGGACUUCAGACAGGUGCGCCUGACGGACAACCUGGGGAAGUUAUCCUGCAUCCUCAAAACCCAGAACUUUGCCCUGGUGGUGGAUGAUCAGACCCAGAACGAUGCGGCGGGUUCUGUUUGUCCGAGGCAGAACGGGUUUGGCGUUGUGACGGCGAUCGACCUCCUGAACUUCAUCACCGCACAUGAGGGACAGGAUCUCCCAUAAUCCUCAUGUUCGCCCUCAUGCAGCCAGGCAGUGAGUUGUUUGGAGGAUUUCACCUGCUUAAUCAGGUUGUUUUAAAAUAAAAUAAAAAGCCAGCUCAAUAAAAUGAAAAUAUUGUGAGGAAUUAUGCUUCAUUUAGUCAUUUUGUUUCAUUUUUCAACAUUACAGUAGAUGUAAACACCUUAUAAGCAUUCAAUGGUUAGAAUAUGAUUGAGAAGAAAACUUUCUACACUUUAUGUUACUUUUAUGAAAAGUUUGUAGAAAAAUUGCAGAUGAAAAUUUCUGGUAUGAUUCGUUUUAUAUAGUUUAGUUAUACACAGAUUAUUUAAAGUAUUUUCAUGAGUCAAGGAGUCGAUGUCUGUCGGGAUCAGCUAAGGGAUUUGCACGGGUCAAAUCUUGUAAUAUGUAAAACAUUAUUGAUACAAUAGACACUCUUCAACUUUUUUCAUCAUUAAUUAACAACGGUAGGUAUUGUACCACUCCUUCCAGUUUUGUUGCUAUAUUUGUUUUCUUUUUACUCUAUUUGCCUCUGUAAUGUUUAAGUUUUUUUUUAUAGAUUUAACGUCGCUGUCUGGUGAUAAAACUUCAGCAAAGAGAAUUAUGGAAGUGUGUGAAUUUAUGUUAUUUUU